AUGGACCUAAUGGGAGAAUGGUACUAUAGGACAUUUCUUGAUGCCGGAGAAUUCAGAAUUGGUCUUUGUAAGGAUCCCCUCAAACCAUUGAGAGAUUGCCCAGAAAAAGCUGUGUUUGAGAAUGGUUACUUCAUUAUGCAAGAUGGAAAACCAGCAAAAAUUUCUAAUGCGUUCUGCUUAUUCGAGCUCUGCGUCGGAGAUAUACCGUGGCGCCACAUUUUGAGUUCUAGUACUUCCAAGAGUUCUCUUACUAUCUCUCUGACUCUCUGUUCCUCAACAAAUAGUGAAUUGCAGUAUUAG